AUGGAGCACUCCAAGUUGUGGGACCUUCGUCCCAAAGUGCGGGAACGUCGCUUCAAGUGGACUUCAGGCGGCAACAACAAAAGUCAGUGCAAUAACAAGGACGAUCCACCAAAUUCACACCAAAAAUCAAAAAGCAAUAAUGAUGCUCGAAAUCUGAACAGCCGGGUCCGGACUAGGACGGGAAAUGCGGACGGGAUGGGACGGAUUAAACUUUCUAAAAUUUCCUGUAUCAAAGGAUUGGACAGGAUCAGAGCAGAUUACUGUGAACUCUACUGCGAGGGAUCUUGCGAUAACAGAACCUGCAACAUACAAAACAGAAUUUUAACCACUGAAGAUUAUCAAAUGAAGUUGUUUUUUUCCAUUUUACAAUUCACUUGGACUAAUCGCUUUUUUGGGAGAUGGAAUAUUUACAAAAUUUCAAAUGAAACUGAGUGCGAAAUACUUAAAUUGGUUGUGACUGGAAUACCGAAUGCCGAUGACAUUAGAGUUCGUUCUUCUUCACAUUAUCUACGGCUGCUUGGCAUAAACGAAACUAUAAAAUUUGAAAUAAAUGUGCCUUCCAUAAAAAUAACAGAGGACGGUAUAAAGUACAAACUUGGAGCUGAAGAGUUAAAUUUUAAAUAUUUAAAUGACAACCCAGUCAACUCCUUGGUUAUCAAUAAUUACAUACGAGAGAGUAUGAACAAUACGAAGAAAAUUCAUAUAAUUGCCUCCACAUCGGUAAAGCCAACAUUUACAAUUGAGAAAAAUAUUUUCGAAGGCAAAAAGGACUUACAAAUACUAUUGUUUAGUGGCUUAAAUGUGGUGGGCCUGACGGAGGAAACAUUCGAUGGAUUAACAAGUUUGGAUCAACUGUAUAUUGACGGUGACUUACAAGAUUUGAAAUUUUUGAGAUCUUCUGCACUUCGAUCAUCAUUAAAAUACUGCACUCUCAAAGUUCACAGUGCGGUGGAUUUGAAAAACUUCGACCACUUUCCGAAGCUCGAAAUCAUAGUUGUUUUUCAAUAUAUAGCCUUUAAUAAUCUGGCCGCUUUUGUGUGCUUUCCCACUCAAAAUGAAUGUAAUUUUACACUAGGCAUAAAUGGCAUUCCAUGUCCCUCCAAAUGUCACUGCCAAUAUAGUCAGCUUGAAAUGAUUUUUACAAUAGAUUGCUCGCAGCAGGAUCAUUCAAUUAUACCUGCUCUACCUGUUCCUAUAAAAGGAAAGACAGUGUUAAUACUUCAGCAGAACCAACUAUCCCAACUGCCUGAUAACUCAUUAGAAGGCUACAAUAACUUAAAAUAUCUGGACGUCUCACAGAACCAACUAACUAGUCUCAGUACUAACCGUUUGCCAAAGGCUCUCGAUUAUUUGGAUAUCAGUUUUAAUCAAAUAACCACCCUAAGCCAAGGCGUUGUUACAUACGUCAGAAACUUAAAGUACUUUAAACAAUUUGGCAACAAAUGGAUUAUAUACAACGAUGAAACCUAUUUAAUAGAUUUUUUUUGGGAUAAUGCGAAAUGGAUAAGAAUAAAAGAUUCAGAGUUUGGUCUCGUAAUGAAUAUUAUGAAUAUAACAUCAAAAGCUGCGUACCUAAGCUAUUUUUUCUCACUCGAUGAUACGCAUUUUUACUGGGAGGCAAAUGAAGAUUACAUAAUAAACACAUUUGGAGAAUCAGAAAAAUACUUUACAUUGAAGUUAAUGGAAGAGCUAAACAAUGCCAUUUGGCUGUUUGCGGGCGAGUACGAUGAAUAUAUUAUUCACCAUCUCAACGAGCCAUGUCCAUACAGAUGCACCUGUUGCGUCGAACGCCGAACUGAUCAGUUCAUAAUAAAUUGUGCGAAUGCAACUCUUGAUUACUUCCCCAGGCUACCAAAUUUGAUUCCGUACAACACGACAUUAUAUCUUGAUGGAAAUGAUAUUCAUAAACUUACCAGCCCUCAAAACCUCAGCAAUGCUGGACUGGCCUCGAUACAAAAAUUGCAUAUGUCCGGAAACAUGCUAGCCGAACUACCACAUCACUUGAUGCCAGAGAACAUUACUUACCUGGACCUAAGUAAUAAUUCCUUGCACACCCUUGAUUAUGAGGUGGUGAAAUUCCUGAGAUAUCGUAAAGAAAUCACUGAGGUAAAAUUAUCUGGUAACCCAUGGGACUUUGACUGCAAGUCAAAGACCUUUCUAUCAUUUCUAAGGGAACGUGAUCCAGUGGAAUAUGAAAUAGUUAUGCGGCGUGUUAAUAUAACCCAAGAUAGGUGUCCUGAAGAAUGCAUUUGCUGUAUCGACAACCCCAAAUCCAAACCGCUCUCACUCAUCGUCGACUGCAGCAAUAAAGGUCUAGGGCAGGUACCAGCUUUACCUAGACCUACAAUUGGACAAACAACAUUAAUUUUUGAAAGAAAUUCUCUCAGGGAAUGGCCCUCAGGCUCUCUGCCAGGAUACUCUAGUGUUGCACGCUUUUAUUUGGGCCACAACCUACUGUCGAAUAUCGAUCGAUUACCAGACAACGUGAACUAUCUGGACAUAAGUUACAAUAAUUUCUCAGUUCUCAGCGUUCGAGUACGGGACUUUCUUCAAAAGAGAAUGAAUUCUUCCCAGCUAAAGAUGGUACUCUCCGGAAAUCCGUGGACUUGCAACUGCGAGGAGAAGGAUUUCUUGGAGUUCGUUAAGGAGCAAGCGAAAAAUAUUGGAAACGCCUCAGCUGUUCAAUGCGGCGAAACUGGGAAAUCUCUGCUUGAGGUUGAAGAGAUUGACAUAUGUCCCUCGGUCCUUAUCUACUACACUUCCUUUGCCAUUUCAUUGCUGAUUAUAGCUGUGUCAAUUAACAUCUUUAUCUGCUUCAGGCAACCCAUAUUGAUUUGGUUCUACGAGCACGAAAUAUGCUUAAGUCUGGCCGCCCGAAGGGAACUCGAUCAGGACAAAAAAUUCGAUGCAUUCCUGUCAUUCACUCACAAGGACGAAGACCUCGUUGAAGAGUUCGUAGACCGACUGGAGAAAGGCAGGCACAAGUUUAGGCUCUGCUUCUAUCUCAGAGAUUGGUUAGUGGGCGAGUCCAUUCCCGACUGCAUCAAUCAAUCUGUCAAAGACUCGAAACGCAUUAUCAUCCUGAUGACGAAGAACUUCCUGAAAUCCACCUGGGGACGACUCGAGUUCAGGCUGGCUCUCCAUGCCACUUCGAAGGAUCGGUGCAAACGCCUGAUAGUCGUCCUUUAUCCGGAUGUAGAGAACUUCGAUGAUCUGGACAGCGAGCUGAGGGCCUACAUGGUGUUGAACACUUAUUUGGACAGAAAUCAUCCCAACUUUUGGAACAAACUGAUCUAUUCGAUGCCACACAUUAUGCUAAAAGAACAACUGCUCAGAAGUUCUUCAAAUCUUGAGACAACAUUGUAA